AUGGACAACUUGUUCUUGAGUGCCGGAUUUGAGAGCUCGGCCGAAAGUGUUCUCUCGACUGGAAACGGCAAGCGAGUGCGCGGACGUGAAGCCAAUGUGUACGAUGCUGUCGCAGGCCGCGUCACUAUCAACAGUGCCCUAGCCGACGCUGAAAACCCCCGUUACCGCACCGGGCGUCGCCACAGCGCGCUCGCGGACCGCUAUUUUUCCUCACGCAACCCGCGCCUGGCACCUGACCACGUGCUCUUCCGCCGCAGGCAUGCCCCGCCCCGCUACCACGAGUAUGACAUCUACUGGGCCCAUGAGGACCUGCCUCACUAUGGCCAGGGUCUACUGCCAGAAAGCAACUUGCUGAGGUCGAUACAUGCCUAUACGAGCCGCUUCUAUGAGGCUACGGCUGCUCGGCUUGGGCCGAGCUGUUUCGUGGGCAGGAGAACGAUCGAUGAGAGGAGCAUGGAUGAGACUGCCCUGUUGGCGUUUGGGAUUUUGUUGGAGGAGGCUGCAUGUGAGGUGCUGGGAAAGAGGGGUGACUUGGUUUUCACCGAGCCUGUUACCAACGAGAAGCAGCCGCAGGAUGGAGGUGCUGCAGCUGGACAUCGAGUUCCUCAACGAUCGGCUAUCGGUGAAGAGAGCGGUGUUGAGAUUAUGCCAGAGGGCACCAAGCGGGCAAAGAAGCGGCGAAAGGUUGAGCAGGAGGAUUCAGAAACAUGA